AUGAAGAUAGGACUAGAGAGUGUAGACAAACUGGAUGCAAUAGCAAUCAUUCCGAGCGACCCAUCUUGCGACGAUUCUUCGUCCGUAAAACCUGAGGACAGUGAUAUUGGACUAGAGGUGACUAAAGACAAAGAAGCCGACGUCAUGAUUUUUGUUGUCAAGAGGGUCGAACUGGGAGAGGGUGAAGAGACAGAGGGUGAAGAGACAGAGGGUGAAGAGCCAGAGGAUGUUGGAUGGCCCGGAGGAACGGGAAAAAUUAUACUGCUGGAGGAUAUAGUCGACGGGUCUUCGGUGGGAGGCAUUAUAUUACUUGUGGAUAGCGACGAAGACGGCGAGGGACUGGGUGAAGUUGGCGCGUCCUGUCCCAAAGUGGAUGAAAAGGGAACAAAGCUACUCGAAGGGGAAGAUGAUGGGGGUGCAACGGUUGGUGAAAUGACAAUAAACGAUGACGAGGGUUGCGGUGAGAACGUGCUGAUUCCAUCACCAGGAAAUGGACUAGAUGAGAAGGAUGAAGAAAUUAAUAGUUCGGAGGAACUUGAGCUCGACAUUUCACUGGGCGUAGAGGAGGGAGGUAAUGACGACAAAGAGAAUGGUCCGGUUCUUGGUAUAUUCAAUGUAGAAUAUCGGGUUUCACUUGAAAUACUCGACAAAGAUGUAAGAAGUUUGGAAGAGGAUAAAGCGCGAGUUGGGUUAAUCGAAGGCAAUGCUGGCGUUGAAGUUCCUGAAGACACAGCAGAAGAAAAAGUGGCAAAGGAAAAUUGUGAGUGA